AUGGAAGAGGGAAAUCACUCCAUGGUGACUGAGUUCAUUCUCUCAGGGCUGACAGAUUGUGUGGAGCUGCAGCUCCCCCUGUUUGGGGUGUUCCUUCUGAUUUAUGUUGUCACCCUGGUAGGAAACGGGGGGAUGAUCUUGUUAAUUAUCACUGACCCCAGACUCCACACCCCUAUGUACUUUUUCCUUGGCAAUUUGUCUUUCUGUGACCUCUGCUAUUCCUCCAUAAUUUCCCCCAAAAUGCUGCAGAAUUUCUUAGACGAGAAGAACAGCAUUUCUUACACUGCCUGUGUUAUGCAAAUCUAUCUCUUUGUCGCUUUUUCAGAUAUUGAGUGUCUCUUGCUGGCUGUGAUGGCCUAUGACCGUUAUGUGGCCAUCUGUAACCCGCUGCUCUAUACGGUCACAAUGUCCCACAGGGUUUGUAACCUGCUGGUGUCUGGGGUGUGUGCUGUGGGGAUGGUGGAUUCAAUGAUACUCACGUAUUAUACAUUCCAGCUAUCAUUCUGCAGCUCCAACAUCAUCAACCAUUUCUGCUGUGACAUACCCCCACUGCUGGCGCUUUCCUGCUCUGACACCCACAUAAGUGAGAUUGUGAUGUUUGCAUCCAUGUGCUACAUUGAAGUAACCAGUGUUGUGACUGUCCUCCUCUCUUAUGUCUAUAUCUUCUCCACCAUCUUGAGGAUCCACUCUGCCGAGGGCCGGCGCAAAGCCUUCUCCACCUGCACAUUCCACUUGAUUGCGGUGGUCAUAUUUUAUGGCACUGUCCUUUUCAUGUAUUUCCGACCCUCCUCCAGUUAUUCCAUGGACAACGACAAAAUAACCUCAGUGUUCUACAUGCUGGUGAUCCCCUUGUUGAACCCCCUCAUCUACAGCCUAAGGAAUAAGGAAGUGAAGAACGCUGUGAAAAAAGCCAUGAAUAAACUCCUGACUCAUUCUUGA